GACAUCUUCCGGCGUUAAUAUAUGACGUUUACAAGCUGUGACGACGUCCAUGUGAGGAACACGCAGGAAACUUCUAGCACAUUUGUGUACAAAAAAUAGCAAAGGAAACUCUGUAAGAAGUCAGUCUUGUAAAAUAACAGUCCAGUAUUACCAAAAUGUCUGUUAUCGGCGAGGGAGAAGCGCGUGGGGGUCCUGUUUUUAAGGAUAUAAGUGCCGAGGAAGAUGACAUGCACAUAAUCGAGAGCCUGUGCAUGAACUGUCACGAAGAUGGAUCAACACGACUUCUUCUGACCAGAAUCCCUUUCUUCAAAGAAGUUAUCAUCAGUUCGUUUACUUGUCCUCACUGUAACUGGUCAAACACCGAGAUUCAGUCGGCCGGUCGCAUCCAGGAACAGGGCAUUCAAUACACAUUGAAGAUGAAAUCAAAAAUGGAUAUUAACCGUGAAGUGGUGAGGGCAGAAAGUGCGACCACACGAAUACCCGAGUUGGAUUUUGAAAUUCCUGCUUUCACCCAAAAGGGCAGUCUUUCAACAAUUGAGGGGCUCAUUGACAGGGCAGUGACUGGACUUGAGCAAGACCAAGCUGCGCGAAGGGUGACUGACCAAGACGUUGCUGCCAAAAUCGACGAGUUUAUUGCAAAGUUAAAAAAGCUCAAAGACGUCGAAAGCGAGUUCACUCUGGUUAUUGACGAUCCCUCUGGAAACAGCUUUGUAGAGAACCCCUGUGCACCGCAAAAGGACCCAGAUCUUACUGUUACCCACUACAAGAGAACCGAACAACAGAACGCAGUGCUGGGAAUACAAGAAAGUGACACCCUGGAGCAGGAAAAACCUGGGAACGACUUGGAGAGCCUGAGAAACGAGGUCCUGAUUUUUAACACCAACUGCCCCGAGUGCAACGCCCCAGCUAAUACCAACAUGAAACUUGUCCAGAUCCCGCAUUUCAAAGAGGUUGUCAUCAUGGCCACUAACUGCGAGAGUUGCGGAAAUCGGACGAACGAAGUCAAAUCAGGCGGCGCCACCGAGGAGCAAGGGACCAGAAUAACGCUUCACCUGACCAACGCCACAGACAUGACAAGGGAUCUUCUGAAGUCUGAGACUUGCAGCAUUCUAGUCCCUGAGGUGGACUUUGAGCUGGGAAUGGGAGCACUGGCUGGGAAGUUCACCACUGUGGAGGGUCUACUCACAGACAUCAAGGACCUCGUCCUGAAGAACCCAUUCACCUGUGGGGAUAGUACUGUGUCUGAUCGUAGCGAGAAGAUAACAUCCUUCGCCGAUAAGAUUGACCAAAUCAUGGCAGGAGAGUUAAGUGCCCAUCUGGUUCUCGACGACCCGGCCGGGAACAGUUACAUUCAGAACGUGUUUGCCCCAGACGCCGACCCUGAGAUGAAGACGGAUAAGUACACGCGAAGCUUUGAGCAGAAUGAAGACUUGGGCCUUAACGAUAUGAAAACAGAAGGCUAUGAGGCGUAAGAUAACGUUGCAUGGUCAAGGGAAUUGAGAGCAAAAGGCUCUCAUAGGCCUAAGCUGUAGGCAUUUUUUUCUUUGUAUUCAUUAGUUGUGUAAUCUUUUAUUACCCAAAUGUAAUGGGACUUCUCAGCUGUCAUUUUGUUUCUGUAAGAAUGCAAAAGCCUCAAUGUUCAUUUUAAGGCACUUAAAAAUAAAUAAUAAAUGAGACAUCAAAAUAAAGUCUACUUUAAACACUUUA